AUCCCCUGAUGUGGGUGAAAUUUUGAAAAUGCUAUGAAUUCAAUCCAAAUAAAAUUCACAAGCUGAACUUUUGAUGCUUCAAGAAUUAGAAUUUGAUCUUGCACCAUUGGCUAAGCUUCACUUAUCUAAUGCUCAUACCGAGGUAGGACAAGCCUCAAAUGCCAAUUAAAUGCCUUCUGAUCUUUCUCACCUUCCGCUUCCUAUAUAAACACUUGUGUUCUCUGCGCCCUUGCAAUUUCCAACCAACACAACCGCUAAAACUCUUCCUCUGUUCUUCUCCAUAGCAUUGCAUUGUUGAAGAAUGGCAACCCUUUCUGAGAAUGUUGCUGCCAAGGAUCAGACACCAGUAGAGGAGAAGGUGAAUGGCGUUGAACAGAAGGCUACGAACGGAGUGAACUGUGAGAAUGCAGGGAAGGCUAUUGGAGAGCCAACUGUGGAAAAAGUUCAAGAAGAGAUGAAAACAGCUGGAAAAGAAGCCGAACGUGAGGCGCCAAAGGAAGAGGAGAAGAAAGAAGAGGUAGGAAUUGAGGUUGAACCUAAGACUGGGGUUUCCUUUCCGGUUAAGUUGGAUGAUGGGAAGCAGUUGCUAAGUGUUGGUUUGAGGAAGAAGUCCAUGCUAGGCAUGGGCAUCAAGAUUUAUGGCUUUGGGAUAUAUACAGACAAUGAGAAGCUGAAAGAUCUCCUCAAGUCAAACAUUGGAAAAGCCCCAGCAAAACCAAGCAAGGAAAUGUAUCAGGUGGCAAUUGACAGUGAUUUGCCCAUGAUGGUGAGGCUGGUUAUUGUGUUUUCUAGACUCACCAUGAGCAUGGUAAAAAAGAACUUUGAUGAAGGUCUAGGAGCAUCCAUAAAGAAACUGACUGGUGGGAAGAAGAAUGAAGAGCUUGCAAACAAGGUCAUGGGUCAAGCACCAGAUGAAAUAAAGCUAACAAGUGGCUCUGUAAUUGAGAUUUCUCGCCUUCCUGGAUUUGUUCUCCAAACUAAAGUGAUGGAUGAGGUGGUUAGCAAAGUUGAGAGUGAACUUCUCUGCAGGGCAUACAUCCACAUGUAUUUGGGAGAUGAUCCAUUUGAUAAAGAUGCCAAAGAAAAAUUUGGGAUGUCCUUGCUUUCUCUCUUUUAGUCUCAUAUCAGGACAAUUUCCAGGCAGAAAGGAAUAAGGUCUAGGUCCACUUCCUAGUGAGCAGUGACUGAGCAAUUGCUCAAUAAUGAGGAUUAUAGUGAGAUUGUAGCUGGUUCUGUGACAGGAUGCGAAUGUUGUCAAUCCCCAUUCCUCUAUGUUGUUUGGUGAACAACAUGAAUUUAAUGAUUCUACUUUCAAGGUUUCAACAAAA